GUUUGCCUGCCACGUAAGGUACUUCAUCAAGUAACAGUUUAAACUUUUUAAUUUGUACACGGUGCCAAGGUACUAGUUUCGAAAGCCUAAGGGAAAGUAUCUAAAUAUGAUGCUGUUUUUUCUUUUCUCUUUACUUUCAUCACUGUUUCUUUUUGUCACUGGAGGGAAACUCCCCGAACCCGACGUGAAAAUUGAAGUGAUGUACAAACCUUUCAUGUGUCAACGAAAAUCAAAGUAUGGAGACAUGCUUCUUGUUCAUUAUGAGGGAUUCUUGGAGAGCAAUGGCACCAUGUUCCAUUCCAGCCGCCAAUUUGGAGAUAAAAAUCCAGUGUGGUUCACGCUUGGGAUCCGAGAGGUGCUUAAAGGUUGGGACAAAGGUCUGCAGGACAUGUGUGCUGGGGAGCGCAGGAAGCUGACUGUCCCUCCAUCACUGGCAUAUGGCAAAGAAGGUCAAGGUAAGAUUCCUCCAAGCAGCACCCUGAUUUUUGACAUUGAGCUCAUGGAGAUCCGAAAUGGUCCCAGGUCCCACGAAUCAUUCCGGGACAUGGACCUCAACGAUGACUGGAAACUCUCCAGACAGGAGGUUAAACAGUACUUGAAGGCGGAGUUUGAGAAACACGGCUACUCACCUAAUGACACGCAUCAUGAAGUGAUGGUUGAUGACAUCUUCAAAAACGAGGAUGAGGACAAAGACGGUUUUAUAUCCGUCAGGGAAUUCACCUCCAUCCACGAUGAGCUCUGAAUGACUGAAGAUUUAGGAGUUGUUGUUGAAUUAAUAACAUUUCAAACUGUUACAGAAACUGUUGUUUAAAACAAACUGUAAUUCCUUUAUUUAUACAUGUGAACAUUUUGUUCAGCAGUUUAUUUUGUAGUGGUCAUUUAUUUUUGAGUUGACGUCGAAUUUUUGUCAACCUUUGUACAGUUUUUACUGUAUUUAUAUUUUUGCUGCACACACAGAUGUAAAUUUCAGUGUACAUCUUUUUUGUUUAAGCUGAAGAAUAUUUUUAUGAAAUAAACUACUUUGUUUAAA